ACCUGAGAGUUUACUUCUGCGCCUGCGCGUCAUCCAGCCCUUCGCUGCUCAGGACUGGAAGAGUUUACAGACGAUGAUGAAGAUGCUGCACGUCGUUUUGGUUCUGGCCCUGCUCGCCUUGGGUUCUGGAGAGGAGGGAGCCCGUUUGCUGGCGUCCAAAUCCUUGCUCAACCGUUAUGCCGUGGAGGGUCGUGACCUGACCCUGCAGUAUAACAUCUACAACGUGGGUUCCAGUGCUGCUCUGGAGGUGGAACUGUCAGAUGAUUCCUUCCCUCCUGAGGACUUUGGAAUUGUUUCAGGAAUGCUGAAUGUGAAAUGGGACAGGAUUGCACCAGCCAGCAAUGUGUCUCACACUGUUGUGCUGCGACCCCUGAAGGCCGGCUACUUCAACUUCACCUCAGCUUCCGUCAGCUACCUGGCUCAGGAGGGCGGACAAGUUGUGGUUGGGUACACCAGCGCCCCCGGCCAAGGAGGCAUCCUGGCUCAAAGGGAGUUUGAUCGUCGCUUUUCCCCACAUUAUUUGGACUGGGCCGCCUUUGGUGUGAUGACACUGCCCUCCAUCGGCAUCCCGCUCCUCCUCUGGUACUCCAGCAAGAGGAAGUACGACUCUCCAAAGGCUAAGAAGAACUGAGAAGACCGGUGGGAUAGGGAGCGGCUCUAUGAAUUGAGGGUUAACUGGGCGCAGGAUCUCUGAGAAGCUUAAUAACCCAUAUUGGGGGUGAAAGGUGAACACAAAAGUACAGCGACUGUUUUGUGUAAUUUGAUCAGACGAACACGUUGGAUGACAGAUCAUGUCACAUUGAGUACAAUUACAGUGUCAGUUGUUAUUUUCUAACUGUAAUGUAUUGAACUCACUUUUGAAGUUGUCAGAAUUCAAUAUCAAUAAAAAAAAACCUUUUUUUUACAAAAACA